AUGCCUGUCUUGGCCGCCAGCAAAAAGGUCGACGAGUCGUGCAAGCUGUAUGGGACUGCAUUCCUGAAAAGAGUGGACGCAACGGCCAGGAGUGCAGACGGUGGCCUCAACCUGGACGAGGUGCACCGGAGGACAUGCGACGGCAUCGGACGCAGCGAGAAGCAGUGCAAGGACAGCGCCCUCAAUCACAGGUCGCAUGUUGAUCAGUGGUGGGCCUCUGACCGUCAGCUGGACCUUUCUGAGUGGCUCUGUCAGGACAAGCUCCAGGUAUGCUGUCCAAGAGGUCACUUUGGGCCAGCCUGUUCACCGUGUCCUGAGCACCAUGGUGGCACUGGCACCUGCAGUGGUAACGGCAAGUGCAGCGGGGAUGACUACGAGUCAUUUCGAGACAGCAAAAAUCUGAUCUGCUCACCUUGCUUCAUCGCUUGCAAGGACACGUGCUCUGGUGCCGGCCCACUGGGCUGCAGAGCGUGCAAAGAUGGCUGGGAAUCUUCUGACGAAUUUGGCUGCCAUGACAUGAACGAGUGCAUCGAGUUCACCGGUGCUUGUGGUGCAAAUCAGUUCUGUGUUAACACUGAAGGAUCCUACUCCUGCUUGGAAUGUGACUGCUCGUGUGAUGGGUAA